CGCAGCCCCCUCCCGCCCGGCCAGUCCCGAAGAGUUGCCCGGUGGCCGCGGCAGACGGAAGCCGAGGGAGAUCCUCGGCGGCAGCAGGAUGGGGGACUCCAAAGUGAAAGUGGCCGUGCGGAUCCGGCCCAUGAACCGGAGAGAAAUUGACUUGCAUACCAAAUGUGUGGUGGAUGUAGAUGAAAACAAAGUUAUACUUAGUCCUGUAAAUACUAAUCUUUCCAAAGGAGAUGUCCGAAGCCAGCCAAAGGUGUUUGCAUAUGAUCACUGUUUCUGGUCUAUGGAUGAAUCAGUCAGAGAAAAGUAUGCAGGUCAAGAUGAUGUUUUCAAGUGCCUUGGGGAGAAUAUCCUUCAGAAUGCUUUUGAUGGUUACAAUGCAUGUAUUUUUGCCUACGGACAGACUGGAUCUGGAAAAUCUUAUACCAUGAUGGGCACAGCUGACCAACCUGGAUUAAUUCCAAGACUUUGUAGUGGACUUUUUGAACGAACUCAGAAAGAGGAAAAUGAAGAGCAGAGUUUUAAAGUAGAAGUGUCCUAUAUGGAAAUUUAUAAUGAAAAAGUUAGAGAUCUUCUUGAUCCCAAAGGAAGUCGUCAAACGUUAAAAGUCAGAGAGCACAAUGUUUUGGGACCCUAUGUCGAUGGACUCUCUAAAUUGGCUGUCACAAGCUACAAGGAUAUUGAGUCUUUGAUGUCUGAGGGUAACAAGUCUCGUACAGUUGCUGCCACCAACAUGAAUGAGGAGAGCAGUCGAUCCCAUGCGGUCUUCAAAAUCACCCUUACACAUACUUUAUACGAUGUGAAGUCUGGGACAUCUGGAGAGAAAGUGGGCAAACUGAGCUUGGUUGAUUUAGCAGGCAGUGAGCGAGCAACAAAGACUGGAGCUGCGGGGGACAGGUUGAAGGAGGGUAGCAACAUUAACAAGUCCCUCACAACCCUCGGUCUGGUUAUCUCAGCCCUAGCAGAUCAGAGUGCUGGCAAAAACAAGAAUAAAUUUGUUCCAUAUCGUGACUCAGUUCUCACUUGGCUGCUCAAAGACAGUCUUGGGGGUAACAGCAAGACAGCCAUGGUGGCCACUGUCAGUCCAGCAGCCGAUAACUACGAUGAAACCCUUUCAACUCUGCGGUAUGCAGAUCGCGCCAAGAACAUCGUGAACCAUGCUGUGGUGAAUGAAGAUCCUAAUGCACGAAUUAUCCGGGAUCUCCGGGAAGAAGUAGAAAAGCUCCGAGAGCAACUAACCAAAGCAGAGGCAAUGAAAUCUCCAGAACUAAAGGACCGGCUGGAAGAAUCAGAGAAGCUAAUCCAGGAAAUGACUGUGACCUGGGAGGAGAAACUAAGGAAAACCGAGGAGAUUGCACAGGAGCGACAGAAACAGCUUGAGAGUCUUGGAAUAUCUCUUCAAUCUUCUGGGAUUAAAGUUGGGGAUGAUAAAUGCUUCCUUGUUAAUCUGAAUGCUGAUCCUGCUCUGAAUGAACUUCUGGUUUACUAUUUAAAGGAACAUACAUUGAUAGGUUCAGCAAAUUCCCAAGAUAUCCAACUAUGUGGAAUGGGAAUUCUUCCUGAACAUUGUAUUAUAGACAUCACAGCAGAAGGCCAGGUUAUGCUGACUCCUCAGAAGAACACCAGAACAUUUGUAAAUGGCUCUUCCGUAUCUAGCCCUAUACAGCUACACCACGGGGACAGGAUAUUAUGGGGAAACAACCACUUCUUCAGACUGAAUUUGCCUAAAAAGAAAAAGAAAGCAGAUCGAGAGGAUGAUGAACAUGAUAUCUCCAUGAAGAAUGAAACCAGUUCAGAGCAGCUGGAUGUAGAUGGAGACUCCUCCAGUGAGGUGUCCAGUGAAAUCAACUUCAAUUAUGAAUAUGCACAAAUGGAGGUCACUAUGAAGGCCCUGGGUAAUAAUGAUCCAAUGCAGUCCAUAUUGAACAGCCUAGAACAACAGCAUGAAGAAGAAAAACGAUCUGCAUUAGAACGCCAGAGGCUUAUGUAUGAACAUGAAUUGGAGCAAUUACGAAGAAGGCUGUCUCCUGAGAAACAAAACUGUCGUAGUGGGGACAGGUUUUCUUUCCACUCACCCAGCGCUCAACAGCGAUUGAGACAGUGGGCUGAAGAGAGAGAGGCAACACUGAAUAACAGUCUGCUAAGGCUGAGAGAACAAAUUGUGAAAGCCAAUCUGUUGGUGAGAGAAGCGAGUUACAUUGCAGAGGAACUGGAUAAAAGAACAGAGUACAAAGUAACCCUGCAGAUUCCAGCCUCCAGCCUUGAUGCCAACAGGAAGAGAGGCUCUCUUCUUAGUGAACCUGCAAUCCAGGUGAGAAGAAAAGGAAAAGGAAAACAGAUUUGGUCUCUAGAAAAACUGGACAACAGGUUACUGGAUAUGAGAGACCUUUAUCAGGAGUGGAAGGAGUGUGAAGAAGAUACCCCAGUCAUACGAUCUUACUUUAAGCGUGCUGAUCCAUUCUAUGAUGAGCAGGAAAAUCACAGUCUUAUUGGGGUGGCGAAUGUUUUCCUCGAGUCACUCUUCUAUGAUGUGAAGUUACAGUAUGCUGUUCCAAUUGUCAACCAGAAAGGAGAGGUGGCAGGUCGGCUGCAUGUAGAGGUGAUGCGAAUCAGUGGUGACAUUGGGGAAAGAAUUGCUGGAGGUGAUGACAGCAUAGAUCUUUCCUGUGAUAAGGAAACCCAAGAAAACAGACUUGUGUGCAUGGUUAAAAUACUCCAGGCCACUGGGUUGCCACAGCAUCUGUCCCACUUUGUGUUCUGCAAAUAUAGCUUCUGGGAUCAGCAGGAGCCAGUAACUGUUGCACCUGAAGUGGAUACCUCCUCCUCCUCUCCUGUCAGCAAGGAGCCUCAGUGCAUGGUUGUCUUUGAUCACUGCAAUGAGUUUUCUGUUAACAUUACUGAAGACUUCAUUGAGCAUCUUUCAGAAGGAGCAUUGGCAAUUGAAGUAUAUGGCCAUAAGAUGAAUGAUCCUCGGAAAAACCCAGCCCUGUGGGAUUUGGGGAUUAUUCAAGCAAAAACACGUAGUCUUCGGGAUAGAUGGAGUGAAGUUACCAGAAAAGUGGAAUUCUGGGUCCAGAUCUUGGAACAGAAUGAGAAUGGCGAAUACUGCCCUGUGGAAGUAAUUUCUGCAAAGGAUGUGCCAACAGGAGGAAUCUUUCAACUCCGGCAGGGACAGUCCCGGCGAGUCCAAGUGGAAGUGAAGUCUGUGCAGGAAUCUGGGACUUUACCACUGAUGGAAGAAUGUAUAUUGUCUGUUGGCAUUGGAUGUGUAAAAGUUAGAACGCUCAAAUCCCCCAAGACUCAUGAGACUUUUCAUGAGGAAGAGGAGGACAUGGACAGCUACCAGGAUCGGGAUUUAGAGAGACUGCGAAGAAAAUGGCUAAAUGCAUUAACAAAACGUCAGGAGUACUUAGACCAACAACUGCAGAAACUUGUCAGUAAACAUGAUAAAACAGAGGAUGAUGCUGACCGAGAAGCUCAACUUCUAGAGAUGAGGCUAACUCUGACGGAGGAGCGGAAUGCAGUAAUGGUGCCCUCUGCUGGCAGUGGCAUUCCAGGGGCCCCAGCAGAAUGGACCCCAGUUCCUGGGAUGGAAACACACAUUCCUGUUAUAUUCCUUGACUUAAAUGCUGAUGAUUUCAGCUCCCAAGAUAAUCUUGAUGACCCAGAAGCUGGUGGAUGGGAUGCUACCCUUGCUGGGGAAGAAGAGGAUGAGUUCUUUGAACUGCAGAUUGUAAAACAGCAUGAUGGAGAGGUGAGAGCAGAAGCCUCUUGGGACUCUGCAGUGCACAGCUGUCCUCAGCUCAGUAAAGGCACCCCAGCGGAUGAGCGAGUGUAUCUGAUUGUGCGGGUGACAGUCCAGCUUAGCCAUCCUGCUGACAUGCAGUUGGUAUUACGGAAACGAAUUUGUGUCAAUGUUCACGGCCGGCAGGGUUUUGCUCAGAGUCUCCUAAAAAAGAUGUCACAUCGAAGUUCUAUUCCUGGCUGUGGAGUGACUUUUGAAAUUGUCUCCAAUAUUCCAGAGGAUGCCCAGGGAGUAGAGGAACGCGAAACAUUAGCAAGAAUGGCAGCUAAUGUUGAAAACACGGCUUCUGCUGACUCAGAAGCUUAUAUUGAAAAAUACCUCAGAAGUGUGCUGGCUGUGGAGAACCUUCUCACUUUAGAUCGUCUCCGCCAGGAGGUUACAGUGAAAGAGCAGUUGACAGGAAAGGGGAAGCUGAGUAGGAGGAGUAUAAGCUCUCCAAACGUGAACAGAUUGUCUGGGAGCCGACAAGAUCUUAUUCCAUCCUACAGUCUAGGCAGCAACAAGGGUCGAUGGGAAAGUCAACAGGAUGUAUCACAAACUGUAGUUUCCAGAGGAAUAGCUCCGGCUGCCCCAUCCCUCCCUGACAGUCCCCCAAAUAAUCAUUCCCCAGACCCAGGACUUAGUAGCCUAGCGGCCUCCUACCUGAAUCCAGUAAAAUCCUUUGUGCCACAGAUGCCAAAGCUCUUGAAGUCUCUCUUUCCUGUCCGCGAUGAGAAAAGGGGCAAACAGCCUUCUCCCCUUGCACAUCAGCCCGUGCCCCGAAUCAUGGUGCAGUCUGCCUUCUCGGAUGCCGGGACGACCAGAGUGGUGGAGGCUCCCCGGGAGAGCGAGCGCGCGGGGACAGGCGCGGCGCCCGUGAAGCUCUGGGACCCACCGACCCCGCAGGGCCCCCCGCGGGCCCCCCCGCAGGCCCCCGAGGCGCAGGACGGGCCGCCCAGCCCCCUGAGCGAGGCCUCCAGCGGGUACUUUUCCCACAGCGUCUCCUCCGCCACCCUGUCGGACGCCUGCAACCCCGGCCUGGAUGGCGCGCAGACCCCGGGCUCGCCGCCCCCUGCCCUGCGCCGGGCCACCCCGGACACCGAGCCGCCGGGCCCCCCGCCGGCCCACCCCGCGGAGCCCGCCGCCGGCCUGGAGCCCGAGGCCUGCAAACCGCAGGGGCCCCCCGACCUCCUGUGGGCGCCCGCUGCCCCCGCGUCCCCGUUCCGCAUCCAGAAGGUGCGGACCUCGGAGCUCAAGUCGUUCACGCGCAUGCUGGGCGGAGACCCCGGCUGCCCCCCAGCCCCAGCCCCAGCCCCAGCCCCAGCCGCGGAGGAGGACCUGCCGGCCGCAGGGGCGCCGGGCGACGGCGGGCCGGGGGCUGGAGCGCUGGGCAGGCUGGAGGUGUCCUCGGAUUCCGAGGAAGCCAGCGAGGUCCCGGAGUGGCUCAGAGAGGGGGAGUACGUCACCGUGGGCACCAACAAGAUGGGCAUCGUGAGAUACAUCGGGCCCACCGACUUUCAGGAGGGGACGUGGAUCGGAGUGGAGCUGGACCUACCUUCAGGUAAAAAUGACGGCUCCAUCGGAGGGAAGCAGUACUUCAAGUGCAACCCUGGCUACGGGCUGCUGGUGAGGCCAGGCCGGGUGCGCAGAGCGGCGGGUGCAGGGCGGCGGCGCAGCGCGGGGCUCCGGCUGCAGGGCGCCCCCGAGCCCCGCAGGAGCAGCACCCUCUCCGGCUCCGCCAACAACCUGGCCUCCCUGACGGCGGCUCUGGCCAAGGCAGAGGGCGCCACGGCGCUUAGGAGCCAUAAGAACCCUGAGAACCGAAAAUCCUGGGCCAGCUAAGCACCCCCCUCCUGGCCUGGGUUGCAUCCUCCUGGGCUGUUGGCCUGCUUCCCUCUGCUUCCCAGGCAAAGGCUGACAGAGGGGGGCAGCCAGUGCCAGCCCUGGGGUGGAGCUGGGAACCAAGUGGGCAGGGAUACCUCAAACCCCCCUUCCCAGGGGAGCAUGGCAAGGAGUCUUUUCUGCAUAACAUGGGGCUAGUGACCUCUCCCUGCCCCUCCCGUGACUCUGGAAGCUUCAUUUCUUCCUCUGUGCAGAGAAUGGGGAGGCAUCCCAGCAAGGUAGAGGGGUUGAAGAUCCCAGGAGCCCAAAGCAGUCCUGGAUUGGGGGAGUGAGGCCCUUCUGGCCCCGGGCCUGGGUUUUCCACCCCUGGGGCUGCUGUUCCUUUCUUCUGUUUCGAUGACCCCAUUAACCUCUUAACCGUACCAGUGCCUUUCUUUCCCACAGAGGCAGGGCAUCCUCCCUGUGCCUCCAGAGCCAGCAUCCCUGCCAACCCCCCUGGUCCUGGCUUGCUCCUUAGGCUCACUACAUCCUUCUGGCCCCCAAGGUCUCCACACCACAUAACAAGGUCUCAGAAGUGCCUCUGGCUGGCCUCUUGGGGCUUCUGGCACAAGGUCCUGGGCGCCUCAGCAAGGGGCACUGGGCCUGACCCCUCCCAGGGCCUUGCCCUCUGCCUUUCUACAAGGUUUCUUAGGGGUUUCUUUGUGGGUGCGUUAGUGUCUUUAUACCUGGGAAGUGUUUUCUCUUUGCCAUUUAUUCCCGUAACAGAGUGCUUGGAAUAUAUUUAUUUAUAUUUA